GGAGGUCCGUACUUUGAACUGUUGAGUACCCAGGGCCGUGAUUUUAUGAACAGCUGGAAGGAGUCCAGUUCGGGGAUAAAAAAGAUCUAUGAAAAAGAUGUCAAAGGCUUUAUACUGACAUUAGAAGGAUCGCCGGCAACAACUAAACUUGUGUCCCCGAAGGAUCAAAAACAGAGCUUGUCUUUGGUUCAAAGGUUUCUGGUACUACAGCUGUAUUUGCCAAAAGGAGUCGACUUUUCCCUGGAACUUGGUGCAACAGAUCUUGGAAACAACAAAAGAAGGAUUUUGCUGUCAACGGCUCAGAAAGAAACACAAGUGACUCCACUUCAUGCCAAAUUUCCCCUGACCAUUGUCAGAAGAGCUGUGUGGCUGAACCUGGUGAUUGACAUGGUGUCGUUCAUUGGAGAAACCUGGACCAAUCAGACAUUUCGAUGCAUAGAUCACAUAUCGGUAUCAGCCAAUUGCAAGCUGCGACGUGUUUUCACUAUGAAGUCACAGCCUCCAGACACAACUGAUGAUGAUGAGCUGUUUGGCUACUGCAGUAGCAACAGUGGAGAUCUGGACAGUAUCCCCAAGCAGUGCCAGAUGACACCUGGUGUGGCUCAGCAAACUCAGGUCUUCACAGUUACUAAAAUCAGGAAUGCGGAAAGAAUAAGAUCAGCUAAAGGCCCAGCACUCUCAGAACAGUUUAAGUCCGGGUCGAUGCCUGACCUGGAUCUCAGUGUCAGUGGCAGAAGAGCUCCAGCAUCUGAUGGCAAGAUUGCCUUUGGUUCCAAGGCUCCACGGGCUCCGGAAUCUGGCAGGAAAACUUCCAGACAGUUUCAGAGUGGCCUCACAAACAGAAGUGUUCGGUCUCAAACAGGCCAGAAUGAAAACAACUCCAGCAACAUGGGAACCAGUUUGUCAGACAGUCACAGCGGUCUGGAUGAGGUACAGAUGGGCACAGGUCACCUUGAAGCAGUCAGACCUCAACCACCAGGGGGAGCUGGUGUCUGUUCAACUCACGAUGGCUUGUCCCUGGAUUCACAGUACACCAGGCAGCAGUCAGAACCUGCUACACAGGAGCAUUAUAACUACAUUACUAAUGGUUUGAAAGAAAAGCUUCUCACUUUUCAACAACCACAUCCUCCAAGAGAACCGUCCAGUGAUAGGGUCAGAAGGAGACCACGGAUCAAAAGUUUGGGCCACAAUG